UGUCAGGUGAUAAGAAACCAAUCUCAAACGUCGUUUAGAAAACGGUCCUGUCCGAAUAGGGCUAAUGACAGAAAAUGCUUUUGUUCCCACAGAAUCUGUACUCGUUUUUCAGAGAAAUGAUGAACCUCUUCAUUUUCGUCCCAGUGUGGGUUUUACAGCAUGGUGUGUCUGGUUUUGAUACAGAUCUAGAGUUAGUGAUUGUGAUGGAGGGAGAUUCAGUCUCUCUGUACACUGAUGUUAAAACAAAUCAACAUGAAAAGAUUAAAUGGUUUUUUAAUGACACUCGUAUCGCUCAAAUCAGUGACUCUCUCAGUAAGACCUGUACAGAUGUUGAGUGUAAUGAAGGUACUGAGAGAUUCAGAGACAGACUGAAGCUGGAUCAUCAGACUGGAUCUCUGACCAUCACAAACAUCACAAACACUGACUCUGGACUUUAUCAACUACAGAUCAUCAGCAGCAACAGCAUCAGUAAAAAGAUCUUUAGUAUCACUGUCAAUGAAUAUUUACACAGACUAACCUACUAUAAUAUCCUGCAGCAGAUGUUUAUUUGUGUUUCAGAAGUUCCUGGUGCAAAGACAGACAAAGCGGGAGGAUCUUUUACUUUAGACUCUGGUGUGAUGAAAAACCCAGACGCUUUGAUGACGUGGUACUUCAAUGACACUUUCAUAGCAAAAAUGAACGGCGAUCACAGUAGGAUCUGUAUAGAUGAUCAAUGUGAAGAUGCUGAUGAGAGAUUCAGAGACAGACUGAAGCUGGAUCAUCAGACUGGAUCUCUGACCAUCACAAACACCAGAACCACAGACUCUGGAGAUUAUUAUCUUGAGAUCAUCACCAACGGCAGCAGCAUCCACCGGCACCACAUUAUCAGCUUUGUCGAUGAAAAGGGCUUCAGUGCUCCCAUCACUGACGAGUUUAUUUCAGUCUAUUGGAUUGUGUGUUUAUUUGCUGUAGCAGCAGCAGCAUGUGUUCUUCUGGCCAUUACAGGAGAAUGGUGUAGAACAUUUACCUGUUAAAAAAGACCAUCCUGCAUCCCUCAUUAAAUAAUCUGGUAGACCUAUACUACCUAUAUUACCUAUUAUUGCAU